AUGGCCGACACGACGAUCGAGUAUGGGGCCGCCUUUGCGCCCAUCACGAUGGAGAACGAAGAGCGCUUUACGGGGCCGCUCAUGAACUACUACGCGGCCGAGGCCCGCGACGAGUGCUCUGACUCGGAAGAUAGCCUCUACUGCGCCGCCCUCGCCGCGGCCUUUGGCCCGGCACCGACCCUACCCAUGUAUUACAGCUUCUUGUAA